AUGGUGAACCGCCUUCGAGGCUCGGCGCUUCGCCUCUCGCGUCGGGGGAAGGCGCAAAACCGCCUGGCUCCAGUGCUUUCUCUUUCUUCCCGGCCAAUCGCUUCUCCCCCUCCACCGCACGACGCGAGCGGCAGGUGGAGGGCUGGCGAUCCCGUCAAACGCUGUUCUCUCCACGAAUCGAGAACCCGACUCUGCGGCGCGUCUUCUCGACAGUUUUUUCCCUUUCCUCUUCCAUCGCAACUCCCCGCCUUCUCGCCGCGCCACGCGGAGUCCGCGCGCUCCUCUUCCCUUACUUUCUCGUCUUCCUUUUCUUCGUCCUGCGUCUUUCUACGAGGCUUCCCCACCUCCCUCUCCAGUCCCGCCCCUGUGCGGCUGUCGAGCGGACACGGGAACCCCGCUCGCGGCGUCGCCGCUCUCGCCUCUCCAGUGAUUCGCCGCGUCUGCGUGCACUCCUCGCCGGCGUCUUCUGCGUCCUCUGCUCGGCGCGCCUUCUCCUCGCGCUCGGACUUCGAUGUCCCCGCGCGCUCUUCUCGCACGACGGCGACCGACGCAGAGAAAAGGCGCGUCGCCGCUCCCCUUUCUUCUCUGCAUGCGGAGAGCGAGGCUUCAGCGCCUGCCGACGGCGAGCCUUCGCGCGCGAGCACGGGGCUGCAUGCAGAGAAGGCGGGAAGAAAGCGGAACCUCCCGGACCACUUCCCGGUCCUCCUCUCCAGUCUCCCGUUCGAUCCCGCAAACGUCAGCCGUGCGGCGGCACUCGCCCUCUCCGGCUCCGGACCCAACGGCCUCGAAAAAAAACCAGACAGGCCUGUGCAACAACCUUUUCUCUUCCUUGACCCCGUCGGAGUCUGCAUGCCCGUUUUGGAGCACUGCAGCCGAUUCGAGAGACGAAGCGGAAGAGACACACGAGAAGAGCGAGAAGAGGAGGAAGCAGACAGAGACGAGAGAGAAGAAAGAGGAGAGAGAGAGGACGUCGGCGGCAUUGGUGUUGAAGACGUCGGUCGUUUCAGACUGUUCGACAGACACCGACUCGUCGAACUGCUUCCAGAGGGCCUUGCAGGUGAACUUUCUCGUGAUGUCGAGAUGAUUCCGUCGGCGACGAGUCCCAUCGGCGUGAUGCUGCGCAAGGCGACGCUGGAGCUGCAGAUGCAACUGGAACAUUAUGCGCGAGUGCACGACUCCAGGGCUUUCACUCGCGUGGCCCGACGUGCGCGGGAACGCACAUUGUCGAGCGAAGGCAACUGCGGAGAAGAAAGGUGGCCCGGAAAAAGCGCGAAAAAAACGCGAGGCGAUGCAGACAGAGACGCGCGAGAGAACAAGGGAGAGAACAAGGGAGAGAACAAGAGAGAGAACAAGGGAGAGAACAAGGGAGAGAACAAGGGAGAGAACAAGAGAGAGAACAAGGGAGAGAACAAGAGAGAGAAUAAGGGGGAACGUGAAGGCGAUCGAGACGUGCGUGAGGCGGUUCUGCGCGAAGAGAGUUCGACAACGCGGGGGCCAGAAGACGCGUGGAGAGGGCGUCUCUCUCAAUUGCGAGAAGACGACUUCAGUGUCGAUGCGGUGCAACGAGGUUUCCUUCUGGACGGCCACCGAGGCGUCGGCAAGAGCUGCGUGCUGAACUACUUGGUCCCCUGGGCUCGCGAGAACAACUGGCUAGUCGUCUACGAGCCGCUGCCUUCGCGAUAUGCGCGCGAAAUCGGAGACAUCAAGAGGUCUUCCGCCGGGGUGUACAUACAGUCGACGUUCUCUCAAGAAUUUUUGGAGCGUCUCGGGCGAUUCAACAGGCGCCUCCUGGAGGAGCUGCCUGUGACUCGGCGCUGUUACGGCCAGGCUGCACUCGACGGGGUUCACCGGCUGUAUGCGGAGCGCAGCUACCAUGGUUUGUUGGAGAAGGCGAUUGAGAAGGAUCUGGACGAGAUUCGUCAACAGCGAGACGAAGAGAGACAAAGGAAACACAAGACGUCUCCUCACGCCUCCGUCAAGGAUGAAGGCCUCCUCGACAGCCAGCUGCGCGAUGAGAUUCUUCUUGCCCGCGAGCGCUUGAAGCUGUGGCACGCGUACCGCCGAGAAGUUUCGAUUCCUUCCAUCAAGGCGCGGCUUCCAAAUCCAGCUUCGCUGUGGGAAAUUGCCGAGUUUGGACUGCAGAAUGAGGCUUUCGCUACCCAGGCGCUGUACGAAGUCUGGGAGCAGCUGAAGAAACAAACACUGGUGAACGUCCUCAUCGCAGUCGACGAAUGGAACGAGUGCUUCCCCGUCAGCGAGUACGUCUCCAUGCGGUACGAAGGCACGCGAUACAACGGCUACAUCCCUGCCUUCCAUCUCUCCACGCCGCGGCUUCUAUCGCGCUUCGACGACGCCCAACAAUUCCAACGAGGCCUGCGGAUCUGCGCGACUUCUUGGCGACGGUCGAACCGCAGAGACUACCGGCCUGAGCUCCUGGGCGUACGAGAAGAAGAGAUUCGAACUGUGCGCAAUUUCUCUCCCCUCGAGUUCGCCAACUUUGUCGCGUAUUACCACAAGAAGAAAAUUCUCCACGAGUUCCCUCGGGAGAAGCUGGAGUACUUCUACAUGCUCUCUGGCGGGAACGGCUUUCAAGCGCGGCGCCUCUUGGCUUCUCUGUACUAG